AAAAAAAAAAAAGUGAAACACUAUCAGUUCGAUCACAAUUCAGGUUGUUGUGUAAAUAGAAUUAAAAUAGUAUAUAAGUCGUUUCAGAGUUAUUUGGGAAUCGAUUCUUUUUGGCGAGCCGAGCCAAUUGAUCCGAAUCGGAGUUGCUGUCAGUGUAUAGGUGUCCUGAGGAGUUUAGGGGUGUGUCCCGUGUUUCCUUGGCAACGUCAGGGUGAAGAUUGUUGCAGUUGACAGGAGGGGCGAGUCGGAGGAGUCUGGAGACGACGAGACCAAGAGGAGGAGCGUCAAUGGAGAAGUGGAAGACCUGCGAAAAGCUUCCUCAGUUCCAGAGGAGAUGCCUGUCGAUAUGGACACCAUCACCCUGGACCCUAAUGAGGAGGAUGUGGAUCUGGUCCACUGUCGGAUCGGGAAGAUCGAGGGACUCGAGGUCUUGCAGAAAGCCAAGACGCUUUCUCUCAGACAGAACCUGAUUAAAAAGAUCGAGAACCUGGAGAGCCUGGUGAUGCUGAGGGAACUGGACCUGUACGACAACCAGAUCCGCAAACUGGAGAACCUGCAGGCUUCAACCGAGCUCGAGCAGCUGGACGUUUCGUUCAAUCUGCUGAGGAAGAUCGAGGGUUUGGAGCGUCUGACCAAGCUGAAGAAGCUCUUCCUGCUGCACAACAAGAUCGCAAACAUCUGCAACCUCGAACACCUCACCGGCCUUCACAUGCUGGAGCUCGGGUCCAACCGCAUCAGGAUCAUCGAGAACCUGGACACUCUCACUUCCCUGGACAGUUUGUUCCUCGGGACGAAUAAGAUCACUCAGCUGCAGAACCUGGAUGGACUCCACAACCUGACGGUCCUCAGCAUCCAGAGUAAUCGUAUCACCAAACUAGAGGGCCUGCAGAACCUGGUCAACCUGAAGGAGCUCUACCUGAGUCACAACGGCAUCGAGGUCAUCGAAGGACUCGAGAACAAUAAAAAGCUGACGACUCUGGACAUCGCAGCGAACAGGAUAAAGAAGAUCGAGAAUAUCAGUCACCUCACAGAGCUGCAGGAGUUCUGGAUGAACAAUAAUCAGAUAGAGAACUGGAGCGACCUGGACGAGCUGAAGAACGCUAAAGGUUUAGAGACGGUGUAUUUGGAACACAACCCGCUGCAGAAAGACCCUCAGUACAGACGCAAGAUCAUGUUGGCACUGCCCAGCGUCCGGCAGAUCGAUGCCACCUUCAUCCGCUUCUGACCUACACACACACACACACACACACACACACACACACACACUCCGCCUCCUUCCUGUUGUAAAUCUUGGCUUUUCCUAAGCGUUAGCCAGAUCAAACACAAACACAUAUCAUGCUCAUAUGCAAACACCCUUUACUAACACACACACACACACACACACACACACACACACACACACAGACCAUUCCUCCACUUCUCCAUUUCCAAAGUUUCUUUCGCAUUUGGUCAAAUAAAACACACACUGUCAGAUCAUGUGAAGGAGUACCCUUUACACACACACACACACACACACACACACACACACAGCUAUGCUAAUGUUUGGUUUGAGAGGUUAGAAGGACAGGAAGUUGAUGGUGAUCAGUCAUUUCACGCAACGUUUUAGUUUCAUAUCAGAUCUGAAAACGAAUCCAGAAAGUCCCUGAUUAUUAUUAUUAUUAUUAUUAUUAAUGUGAAGAUGGAGAGGAGUCAGGCCUGGACUUCUUGUGGGCAGAGUUUAUUAAAUAAUCAGUCUAAUAGAUUCAGUGUUUAAAUGCAGAUUAUUAAUGAAUUAUAAACAAUAUUUAUUUACUCAAUCACAUAAUUGGCUCUCGGCCAAUCCCAUACCUCCUCUGUGACUCAGCCUCGGAGGCUCCGCCCACAUCCACACUGACUGGCAGUUGGUAGACACUUUGUAGCGAAUGUCGAAGUUUCAAUACGCUCGUUCGGCAAAACUAAAAGAAUAAACGAUGUUUUAUUUCCUCCUGGGAUUUAUUACUCUUCAGUUACAGAAAAAAGGCCACACCCACAAAAAGAGCGAUUCUGAGUUAGCAGGAUUUGCAGUCUGCUGCUGUUUCCGUCUCAAACACAGAACAGGAACGUUUCUCAGGAACUCUGUAGGAACACGCUCAGCUUCUCUUCUGCCAUUUUUUAUUGAAUUCUGGAAGCUUUGAUGCGUUUGAUGUAAACAUCAAAGCUGUUGGAACAGAAGGAUGAAUAAUAAUAAUUAUAAUUAAUAAUCGAUUUUCUGGGAGAGAAAAAAUCACAGCGUUAUUAUUCUCAGUCAUUUUUCGUUGGAUGUCGGAUAGAAUUUUACCACGUAAACGUAUAAAACAUACGACGCCGUGUGCAUGUCAAACACCCUAGAAGUGUUUUUUUUUUUUGUUGUGCGUUUAAUUGCGUGUUUAAACACUAUAGCUGCAGAACCGCAUAUACACAAACAUUCAGUCUUCACUCCGGAAUGAGUUCAGUCUCUGCUGCUGGUUAUGUAAAAUGAAGGCGAUCGACGGGGGUUUGGUUUUACUCACUCUGAGGACGGCUGGGAUUUUUACUGACACCGUUUUAAAUCUACAAUCAGUCAAAAAAAAACCCUGCGAAUCAGAUCAUUUUGUGAUGUCACAGUUUUUCGUUUUUUUCUUCAAAUCAAACCACGCCCACUGAUCAUUUCAAUCCAGCAUGUUGACGUGUUUUUUAUAUAUAGUGUUAGCAUUAGCUUCCUAAUCCACCCACAUCUCACAAGACCAGCGUAAUAUUACUGUUGCCAUGGUUACACUUCUCACGUCGUCCUCGUCAAUUCUAAUUGGAACAGGUUUUUUGUCACACAUAACUAACGUUCGGUUUAAUCAUUACAGCUUUAAAACAGAGCGAUAAAGACCGAGCAAAGCUGGAAACGAGGUGAUGAGUACAACUAAAAUCACGUGAUUGUGUUUGGAGUUAGCCGCUCACUCAGACCCCGGGGAGCCAAUCAGGAGCGACUACAUCCCGUCAUUACAUAUGAUGAUAUUUAGCAAUGCUGAUUUUAGUACAAAAAAAAUCACUAAACAACAAAUUUGAUCACGAUGUUGGAAACAUCUCUCACACUUCACCUGUGUUUACGUCACAUCAUCCUGUACCAGUGUCACGUCUACUUCAGUGGGGUCACGUGUGAAUUAGAGGGGAAAAGUCCCUGAUUGUAGCUUUAAAAGCGUGACGUCAACACGUGGAGAUCCCAGACGUUGACGUGUAGAAUGAAAGCUGAACACUGGAGAUGUUUGAGGUCCAGACAGGACGAUGGGAACAAAGUCAUGAGUUUCAGCAGAACGCUGUGAUAAAACCUCACUUUCCAAUGGUCACGUGUUUGUGUGUUUAUUUUAAUAUUAUUAUUUUUUAUUCUGUUGCAAACUGCUCGAGUGACUGUGAAGAUGAAUGUAAUAUAAAUACAAUAAAGUUAAUUUCAAAAAUGUG